GCCCGAGUGAAGCCAUCGUCUUGUUUCCUCUCCUCUCUCUCGACUCGAGUCUCGAUUUGCGCCGGCGACGGAAGCAAUUAUCUCCAUGGCGGCGACCGCGCUCCGGAUCGGCGGCCGCGCCGUCCGGCCAUCGCUGGCCGCGGCGGCGGCGGCGGCGCAUCAGAACCAGCCCACCACCUCUCGCCUCUUUCACAACACGACCAAGAUGCAGAAGGCGGCCGCAACUCCUUCGGCUGAGAUCCAGCAGGUCAAAGAAGAGCUCUACCGCAUGAUGUCCGAAAACAGGGACAAGAUAGGAAACCAGAAGGGCCUGAUCAAGCACCUCUCAUCCCAUGUGGAGCCUAAACCCGAGGACCCCGUCUGGCGCUUCUAUCGUAGGGCAAAGUGGUACCAUUUAGUCAUGAUGUAUAGCCCAACAUUCCUUUACACUAGUAGAUAAAGGGUCUUCAGUCCCGGUUCAUAAAGGCCUUUAGUCCCGGUUCUGGAACCGGGACUAAAGGAUCGUUACUAGUGCCCUAACCCUUUAGUCCCGGUUCUUACACGAACCGGGACUAAAGGCCGUCCACGUGGCCGGUGCGGGGA